GCCGGCAGAAACAACAGGCACCUGUCUGUAUUAUUCCUUUAUUUUUUAUUUCAAACUGUGUUAGCAUUGUUUAAGAAAGACUAUUUAAAAAAUUCUUUUUUAAUCAAUGGUCUUAGUUUACUGUUCUUAAUACAUAAUAACAAAACAUCUUUCGGAUUGUGACUGUAUGAAUACAGUAUUGUGGUAUUGUUCGCUUCGGUUUGCUUUGCGUAGGUUUGUGUUUGUGUGUUGUUAGUAAUUAAGAUGUGUGUAGGUACUGUGCAUAUUUAUAGAUAUUUCAUGUUAUUUCUAUUCUAACGGAGUUUAUCUGUACGUCCAAAUGGUCCAAAGUCAGGUUCGCCAUUGGUAAGUUCCGGCAUGCCAUCUUCUGGUACUGGGUUUAACUCCCUCCCAGAGAGUGAAGUGUUGCCUCCACUUCCCAUGGGACCACCUGUAAUUCCACAAAAUCGCUUCGAUCCCUACUUCGAUGUGACGACUCCCAAUAACGUGACUGCUCUUGUUGGGAAGUCAGCGUAUCUCAGUUGCCGAGUUCGAAAUUUAGGAAAUAAAACAGUGUCAUGGAUCAGACACAGAGACAUUCAUAUCCUCACAGUAGGCAGCUAUACCUAUACGAGUGAUCAACGUUUUCAAGCAAAUCAUCAUCCUGAAACAGACGACUGGACAUUGCAGAUUAAGUGGGCUCAAAAGAGAGAUGCUGGUACUUAUGAAUGUCAGAUUAGUACUCAACCAGUAAAAAGUUAUUUCGUCAACUUAAAUGUAGUCGUACCUACCGCUCAGAUUCUAGGAGGACCAGAUCUACAUGUCGAUAAAGGUAGUACCAUUAACCUAACCUGCUCCAUAAGAUUUAGUCCUGAGCCACCAGCCUAUAUAUUUUGGUAUCAUCAUGACGAUGUGAUCAGCUACGAUUCCAGCCGUGGUGGGGUAAGCGUGAUAACCGAAAAGGGCGAUGUUACUACAAGUUUCUUACUCAUCCAGAACGCUGGUAUAUCGGACUCUGGAAAAUAUUCAUGCAGCCCUUCAAAUGCUGAUGUAGCAAGUAUACGAGUUCAUGUAUUGAAUGGUGAAAUGCCAGCUGCAAUGCAAACAGGCUCUGCUGGAUUGUCCAACAGCUCAUUCAACAUCUUCGCUCUCAUCAUAGUUUCUUACAUAUACACAUCCUGCUAUUUUAGCAACCUUGAUCUAAACCGAGGAAGUUGAAGAUUUUUAUCUUUCGGAUAUAUUAAUU